AUGCCCAAAGCUCCUGCCUCGAAAAGACAGCAACAGUUUGAGACUGCUGCGGCCGCCGCUGCGGCACCUUCUUGUGCUGCAGCUGCUGCAUCCUCUAAAGCGCGGCCCCAGUGCAGCGAGCAGCAGCAGCAGCAGCAGCAGCGGCAGCAGCAGCAACGCAUUUGCCCGUCAGAAUCUGCACGGGCUCUAAUGGCGGAUGAGGGAUCUAGUGGGCGGCAGCAGCCGUUGCCUGCUUCUGCAGCCGAGCCUGCAAGUCCAGCAGCAGCGCCGGGCAGCAGCGCAGGUGAGGGAUCCACUGCAGCAGCAGCAGCAGCAAGGAGUGGAGGAGCGUCCCCAGCCGCAGCCGCAGCAGCAGCAGCAGCAGCUGAGGCUGCAGCGGGCGCUGCUGCGCACUGGCCGAGCAGCGGGGAGAGCAGCAGGAGCGCGGAGCUGCUGCAGCAGCUGCGCAGCAGCAGCAGCACGAAUGGGCUGCCCGAGGCGGCGGCGGCGGAGCCGGCGGCCGCGCCCGAAGACAGCAGCAGCAGCAGCGGCAGCUGCAGCAGCAGCAGCAGCGGCAGCUGCAGCAGCAGCAGCGCCCAGUCGCCCCCCCCCUGCUGCGGCAGCCCCGCCCAGGGCCGCUGCUGCAGCUGCCGAGGGGUUUGGGUCUAUUCAGAAACAAACAGGCGCUUCAUGAGCAGGCUGGACUCGCAGCACUUCGCGCGCUACUUGCUGCACUGGCAGCGUUGGCUGCGCAGCAGCAAGCAGCAGCAGCAGCAGCAGCAGCAGCAGCAGCAGGGCGGGGCGCCGGAGGCGCAGAAAGCGGCAGCCAGCAGCAGCAGCAGCAACUCUGCUGCUGAUUCCGCAGCACCGAACAACAACAGUGACGCUAGUGAGGUCGAGACCACAGUCAGCGGCAGCAACGGCAACAGCAGCAUGAACAGCAGCAACAGCAGCAGCAGCAGCAGCAGCAGCAGCAGCAGCAGCAGCAUGCAGCAGGGAGAGAACGCAUCCGGCGAAGCUGUCGGGGCUUCUUUAGACAUUAAAGACUCGACGCCGCCGUGGGCCCUUUCCUUGGAAGGGUUCGGUCAUAUAUGCGGCGGCUCUGUGGACGAAGUCCAGCGAGUUAUGCCGGACUGCGACUGCGCAACUGCCCUGUUGCAUCUCCUAGACAGCGGGUACGCAGCAACAGUAGCAGCAGCAGCAGCAGCAGCAGCAGCUGCAGCAGCAGCAGUAGCAGCAGCAGCAGCAGCAAGAGCGAAGUGCGACUUUGCGCGCAGGGCCCCCUACCUAUGCAUCGUCAACGAGGGAAGAAGGGCCCCCUUGGCCCUCGUCUCUACCCAUGCUUUUCUUGUGCACCUUGUCAGAGAGCUCCAAGGGGCUCACCCGAUUCUGGCAACGAAUGUCCUAGCUGCCAAACUGGGCACCCAUGAGGACUUGGUGACGUUUUGUGUCGAGGACUCGACGGAGGACUUUUUGGCUGCUGCAGUUGCUGCUGGUUUUUCUUCUUUGCCGCUGGUGGACUCCACAGGGGCCUACGUUUGUUGCUUUUCUCUUGACGAUUUCCUAGCCGUUGUCUUCAAGCUGCUGCAUGACGGGGGUCCCCCUAGACCUCACGCUGCCAGUGUCGAGGUACGUGCAGCAGUUCCAUCAGCUGCAGUGGCAGCACCGCAUGCUGGCGCACGCAGCAGCAGCAGCAGCAGCAGCAGCAGGCAGCGAUAUCCAGCUGCUGCCCUCCAGCAGCAGCAGCAGCGGCAGCAGCAGAAGAAGCGCAGCAACUGCAGCAGCCCUCAGCCGCCUCACAGCAGCAAACGGCCCGCAGCCGAUCUACCAAGGGGUGGUGAGGGAAGCAGCAGCAGCUUUUUUGACGCUGCAGCAGGCGAUUGA